CUCUUGCCGUCCCACGCCCUCGCCAUUUCAUUUCUUCUCACUCAUACACUUCACAGCACAGCAUGACCACUCCUACACAGGACAGCAUUUUGUCCUCUGGUCCACCAGCUCACCUGCCACCUCCAUCAGGGUCAGGAACACGGUCAGCCUCAUCCUCAGCAUCUACAUCCACCGCACCCUCCUCUCUCUCUCCCCCGCAGACAUGGAUCGUCCAAAAAUACGGGGGCACCUCCGUAGGCAAGUUCCUACGCGCCAUCACAUCCGAAAUAGUCCCCUCGUACCUCGUCUCCUCACCCUCGACCCGCCUAGCGCUCGUAUGCUCAGCCCGCUCCGGCUCCACAAAGGCGAGGGGGACUACCAACCUACUCCUCACAGCGGCAGGGCAAGCCUUGGCGCUGGAUGCUGCCGGGCAGGACCUGGCUAGCUCCGUCUCCGGGAUGACUUUGGCCAGAACGCCGUCUGCUAAUGGGGAGGGAAGCUUGAGCAGCUCGACGGGGAGCUUGGGCAGUGAUUCGAGUGCGGGCACCACGCAGACGUCGGCUGCUUUCGAUUCGACGGUGGAUAUAUUGCUUCAGGAGCAUCUAGGAGCGGUCGAGAUUGCCGUCACUCAUGAUGUGGAGCUGCGCAAACGAUUAGAGGCGGACGUGAGGGGAGACUGUGAUCGCCUUCGCCAGUUCCUCCUCGCCGCCCGUAUAAUCGAGGAGAUCUCUCCAAGAUCAAAGGACAUAAUUCUCUCUCUUGGCGAACGCCUCUCCUGUCGUCUAGUCGUCGCCUCCCUGCAAGACCUGGGAAUCCCCGCAGAGCUGGUAGGGUUGGAGUCGGUGAUUGAUGCAGCCUUCUUGGAGGAGGUGGGCAAGAGGCGCGCAUCGCCCGGUGGAGGUGUGGGUGGAGUUGGAGUGGGGGAGGAGAAUCAACUGGACCAGCACUUUUACGACCUCUUGGCAGAGCGACUCGGAGAGCGAUGUAGGAAUGCACAAGGCGUGCCCGUCGUCACUGGGUACUUUGGUGCCGUACCGGGCUCGCUGCUGCAGCAGGUUGGAAGAGGGUACACCGACCUCUGCGCCGCUCUCUGCGCUGUAGGGCUCGGAGCUCUGGAACUCCAGAUAUGGAAAGAGGUAGACGGAGUCUUUACGGCUGACCCUCGCAAAGUCUCGACUGCGAGGCUCAUUCCCUCCAUCACGCCCGAAGAGGCCGCAGAAUUGACAUACUACGGCAGCGAAGUGAUCCACCCCUUCACGAUGGAGCAAGCGAUCCGUCGUCGUGUACCCAUCCGCAUCAAGAAUGUAGAGAACCCAAGCGGAAGCGGGACGGUCAUCCUUCCGGACUCGGAGGAGCCGGAGCGGGAUCAUUUGGUCGAGGGACACGUAGCACAACCGCAGACUCCGCUCACGAGUGGAGCGAAUACGCCUGCGCGAGCGACGGGAGCCGGGGGAAUGCCCUGGGGUGCUGCGGAGGGGGCUUGGCCCGGGUUGGAGUUGAGUGGGAUGGCGGGAAGUGGGGUAGGGGGAGCCGGCGGGGCCCAGCAACAGCAGAGAAGAUUACCGACUGCCGUUACGAUUAAGGAAGAUGUCCUAGUCCUCAACGUCCAUUCGAACCGCAAGACGCUUUCCCACUCCUUCUUCUCGCGCAUCUUCUCCACCCUCGACCGACACCACGUAGCCGUGGACCUCAUCUCGACCAGCGAAGUCCACGUCUCCAUGGCCAUCUCUGCCGCCUCGUUGCGUCGCCCCUCCCGCACGCUCGACCUAGUCUGCUCCGAGCUCGGCCCCGUAGGAACCGUAUCCGUCUUGCGGGACAUGGCGAUCCUCUCCCUUGUAGGGAGACAGAUGCGACAUAUGGUAGGCGUGGCGGGUAAGAUGUUCGCCACCCUGGCCGAGGGCGGAAUCAAUAUCGAGAUGAUCAGUCAGGGGGCCAACGAGAUCAACAUCUCCUGCUGCAUUCAUGCAAAGAGCGCUCUCAAGGCUUUGAAUCUUAUUCAUUAUUCGGUGCUAGAGGUGGGCGGGCCGGCGGGAGUGGGGGUUAAGCCGGUGGGGAUGGAGAGUGGGAAUUUCGGGAGGAGCUUUGUGUAGGUGCGGGCGCGAGGAUGGAUAGAUAGAGUGCUCACAAUCAGAUCUUACUCG